AUGUUUCAAUUGAAAAUAGACUACACAACUUCGUAUAGAGCUUUGAUGUAUGCACAAGAAUGUGUGAGGGGAAGCCCUGAGGAUGGAUAUAGCCGACUGCCUUCUUAUUUGCGUCUGAUCGCUGAAGCGAAUUCGGGUACUAUAACUGCCCUUGAACGCGACAGUCAGAAUAGGUUCAAGUACCUAUUCUUAGCCUUCAGAGCCUCCAUAGCUGGUUUUCAAUAUCUCAGACGGGUCAUUGUUGUCGAUGGGUGUCAUCUGACUGGAAAGUAUGAAGGGACUCUGCUAGUGGCCACAGCACAAGAUGGUAACUUCCAGAUAUUUCCACUAGCUUUUGGAAUAGUGGACUCUGAGAAUGAUCACACAUGGGAAUGGUUUUUUAGAAAAUUGCGGGAGUGUUUUACAGACGAGUAUCCAUUGGUGAUAGUUUCAGACCGGCAUCAUUCCAUUAAGAAGGCAUGUGAGACUGUAUUACCAUGGGUAACACGCGAUAUCUGCUAUUAUCAUCUGCAACACAAUAUUGUCACUAAGUUUAAGGGGAACCAUCUUAUGUACUUAGUCAAACGUGUUGCGUAUGCAUAUACGGUACAUGAUUUUAACCGUUAUAUGGACGAGAUAAGGCAUAUAAAACCUGACCUUGCAACGCACCUGGAGGAGGCUGGCAUUCAGUUGUGGUCAAGAGUUCACUUUCCAGGUGAUAGAUACAAUAUAAAGGCGAGCAACAUCGCAGAGUCUAUCAACUCUGCUCUCAAACAGGCACGGGGAUUUCCCAUAGUAUUCCUGUUGGAGUACUUACGGGCGAAGCUAACAAAGUGGUUUUGCAUAGAUGGUUGGCGAUUCAAUGUGAAAGGAGGAUCACAUAACUGUGUCGUUGAUUUGGAACUUCGAAAGUGUGGGUGUGGCGUGUAUGAUAUUGAGAAAACACCUUGCACUCAUGUUAUAGCCGUUUCAGAUGCAAUGCAUAUGCAUCUGGCCACUCUUCUAUGCCCGACAUACUCUAAAGAUUACUUGUAUGCAGCGUACUCGCAUAAUAUAUAUCCUCCAAGCAUUGCAAUGAAAACCGAUGAAACAACACAAUGUCUACCUCCGGAUGUCCAACGUAAAAAAGGCAGGCAGAGGAAGUCAAGAUGGCAAACUUGGCUGGAAAUUUCGAGGCAUAAGCAAAAGAAACCCCGUAAGAUCCACAAGCAGUACAGUUGUUCGAAAUGUCACCAACCAGGACAUACUUGA